AACUCAGAUGAGGUCGACUGUGCUGCUCCAACAUGCUCAUCUGGACAGUUCCAAUGUGAUAAUGGUAAAUGCAUACCAACAGGUUGGAAAUGCGAUCGUACCGAUGAUUGUGGCGAUAACUCAGAUGAAGUCGACUGCGCAGCUCCAACAUGCUCAUCUGAACAAUUUCAAUGCAAUAAUGGUAAAUGCAUACCAACAGGUUGGAAAUGCGAUCGUACCGACGACUGUGGCGAUAACUCAGAUGAGGUCGACUGUGCUGCUCCAACAUGCUCAUCUGAACAAUUUCAAUGCAAUAAUGGUAACUGUAUACCAGUAGGUUGGAAAUGCGGUGGUACCGAUGACUGUGGCGAUAAUUCAGAUGAGGUCGACUGCGCUCCUCCAACAUGCUCAUCUGAUCAAUUCCAAUGCAAUAAUGGUAACUGUAUAACAACAGGUUGGAAAUGCGACCGUACCGAUGACUGUGGCGAUAAUUCAGAUGAGGUCGACUGCGCUCCACCAACAUGCUCAUCUGGACAAUUCCAAUGCGAAAAUGGUAAAUGUAUACCAACCCGUUGGAAAUGCGACCGUACCGAUGACUGUGGAGACAACUCAGAUGAGGUCGACUGUGCUGCUCCAACAUGCUCAUAUGGACAGUUCCAAUGUGAUAAUGGUAACUGUAUACCAACAGGUUGGAAAUGCGAUGGUACCGAUGACUGUGGUGAUAACUCAGAUGAGGUCGACUGCGUUCCUCCAACAUGCUCAUCUGGACAAUUCCAAUGCGAAAAUGGUAAAUGUAUACCAACCCGUUGGAAAUGCGACCGUACCGAUGACUGUGGCGAUAACUCAGAUGAGGUCGACUGCGCUCCUCCAACAUGCUCAUCUGAACAAUUUCAAUGCAAUAAUGGUAACUGUAUACCAACAGGUUGGAAAUGCGACCGUACCGACGACUGUGGCGAUAAUUCAGAUGAGGUCGACUGCGCUCCACCAACAUGCUCAUCUGGACAAUUCCCAUGCGAAAAUGGUAAAUGUAUACCAACCCGUUGGAAAUGCGACCGUACCGAUGACUGUGGAGACAACUCAGAUGAGGUCCACUGCGCUCCUCCAACAUGCUCAUCUGGACAGUUCCAAUGUGAUAACGGUAAAUGCAUACCAACAGGUUGGAAAUGCGAUCGUACCGAUGACUGUGGCGAUAACUCA